GCUAUAAAAGCGUUCCGACGGACGAUAAUUGAUAUCAGUUCUCGAAUUAGCCUUUAUCAGAGCACACCUCAGCCGACGUCGCUUAGCAACCAACGCCAACCGCAACAAUGUUCAAACUGUUCGUAGUCGCCGCCCUGGUUGCUGUGGCCGCCGCCCAGAACCCGCAGGACGCGCAGGCCCAGGUGCUGGUGUCGGACUCGGCCGUCAACCCGGACGGUUCGUACAGCUACCGAUACGAGACGAGCAACGGACUCAAUGCGCAGGAGAGCGGCGUCGGUGGCCAGUCGGCGCAGGGUAGCUACUCGUACACCGGCGAAGACGGUGUCCAGUACCAGGUGACGUACGUGGCCGACGAGAACGGCUUCCAGCCGCAGGGUGCCCACCUGCCCGUCGAUGGACCCGCUCCGGAGCACGUCCUGAAGACGCUCCAGCAGAUCCGUGCCAACCCGCCGCGUGACGACCCGAACUUCAGCCUCGACGCCCUGGAUGCGGCCAUCGCGCGGCUGAGCGGCUAGAAAUAGGUCGCCAGAAGUAGCCAGUCAGUUGCCAAGGUCUUCCAAGGUGUGUUCCAGCCACUGGAACUCAAGUCACUACCGAGCGGACUCGGGUCCCCCUCAACUAGAGAAUGGAGAAGAACUACCUGACACAUACUCCAGCCCGACGUUUAGGACGUUAACUCUCCUCAAAUUUCCUCUCCUAACGCCUCCUACAUUUCCCCACUCUGUCUAUUUCUAUCGAAAGCCAUAAAGUCCCCUUUCUUUCUGUCCUCCACCGCCGCACAGCACGAAACGUCUGUAAAUAGUCCGUUGCUAGUUUGUAAAUAAAACAAUCGACUUA